UAUUCUUUCAAACAUCUAGAAACGAAAAACAAGAGUCAUACUUUUUUAGAAAAUGUCAGAAGUCACAUGGUACAAACAGAGAAGAGUAAAAAUUUCGUAACAAAAACAAAUCGACGUUCUCUUAUCACGACGAUGGACAAUUAAAGGCACGCAUAAAUUCGAUUUCAACAGCAUUGCAACCAUAAACAUUCAAGAUGAAGCUGGAUGGUUUGAGGAAGAUGCAAGAUGACUUGGUGAAGGUCAUCGAGCGAGAUGAUACCAGCACUGUGACAAGUGACUCCGAUGAGACCAUCGCUCGUGGACCCAAAACCCUGCGAGAAACCUUGGAUGAUGUCAUACACUCUCAGAAAUUCAUGGUUUUCAUCAUUGUGCUAGUUGUGUUGGAUUGCCUCAUGGUCAUUGCAGAGCUUUUAUUUGACCUGGAGAUUGUGAAGUUGGGAGAGGAACAUCAUUAUAUCCCGAAGAUCUUUCACUAUGGAAGCCUUGGUAUCCUGUCUCUCUUCCUCAUUGAAAUUGGACUGCGUAUAUUUGUCCUUCGGCUUGAUUUCUUCAAACACAAGUUGGAGCUGUUUGAUGCUGUUGUUGUCAUUGUUUCGUUUAUUCUGGACAUUGUGUUUCGUGACAACGAAGAUGCUGCCACAGGUGUUGGGCUUCUCAUCAUUCUUCGGUUAUGGAGAGUUACAAGAAUUGUGAAUGGUAUAGUAUUGUCUGUGCAGAAGCAGGCGGAGAAGAAAAUCGAGAGAGAGAAACAUCUGCGGGAAGAGUGUGAGCAGGAGCUGGCCAAGUUCCGCGAAUACUGCAUGGCACAAGAGGCAGAGAUCGAGGUCCUUCAGGGUCUUCUGCACAAACACAACAUCGAGUUCACCACAAACAAAAUCACGCGGCCGGAGAGCAGGGUCCAAGUGGAUGUGGUCGCUGAGGUCAACAGUAUGACGGCUGUGGCAGAGACGGACAUACCGCUGUCUCCUUCACAGCCUGGUGAACAAGAGAUUUCUCUUUCUUCCGGAGACAAUGUUACUGAUGCAGUUGUUGUAGUUUAACACACUUUGCAGUCACACAGCCAGCAGUACAAAAUACCCCCGUCUGGUCACCCAGCUUGGAGAAUGAUUGCAACAGACUUUUUGGACCUGUGGCAGAACUUCGCCAAGUGACCGGAACGGAUAAUUUUCACUGUCACAUUAUUGUGGCAAGUGACCGCAAAGUGUUUAAAUCACAUCAAGCCCUCCCCCUUCCUCUGUUUAUUCAAAGUCUGUUACAGAAUUAUCUUACAUUUUAAUAUUUUAUGUUAUGUGUCUGUUAUGAUGUAAUGCUUUUUGGCGCUAUGUGUACAGUUUGAUGAUAUUGUUGUAACUGUAUUGUUGUUAGGACCACACUGCAGCACAUCUACCAAAUGAAACUAAAAUAGAACUAACUCAUGGAAUGAUAUUACUUUAAUCUGUCUUUA